ACAAACCCAAGCGCCCCCGAAAUUUCUGGUACACGAACAGCAAAGAGGUGGAAACUGGUUCACUAAGGCUUACGUCCUCAAACCUGUCUUUUUUUAUUUUAUUUUCUCAUUCCUCGAUACCCCCAGUCGCGUCUUUUUCUUCGAUAUUCAGUAGCCACAAUGUCUCUGCAGGUCCCCAUCCGGAGCAACGGUGUGCAGGCCGUCACCAAGGCUGUCAUCUUGGUUGGAGGAUCAUCAAGAGGUACUCGAUUCCGACCUCUAUCACUGGAUGUCCCCAAGCCCCUCUUCGAUGUCGCUGGCCACCCCAUUAUCUGGCACUGCCUGACUGCCAUCAGCGCUGUCCCUUCGAUCCACGAGGUCUACCUGAUUGGCUACUACGACGAAUCCGUCUUCCGUGACUUUAUUAAGGAUUCUUCGACCGAGUUCCCCAACCUUUCCAUCAAGUACCUGCGGGAGUACCAGGCGCUAGGCACCGCAGGUGGACUGUACCACUUCCGCGAUGCCAUCCUCAAGGGCCGCCCCGAGCGCCUCUUUGUGCUCAACUCGGACGUCUGCUGCUCCUUCCCGCUCAACGAGAUGCUCAAGAUGUUCACCGAAAAGGAUGCUGAGGCGGUGAUUCUGGGUACACGCGUCAGCGAGGAGGCUGCGACCAACUUUGGCUGCAUUGUUAGCGACAACCACAGCCGGCGUGUGCUCCACUACGUCGAGAAACCUGAGUCUCAAAUCUCCAACCUGAUCAACUGCGGUGUCUACCUUUUCAGCACCGAGGCCAUCUUCCCCUCGAUCCGUUCCGCCAUCAAGCGCCGCACCGACAGGCCGCGUCUCUCCUCGUACCGAUCAUCUGAGAACCUUGAGGCGAGCUUCAUCGAGUACGCAGACGACGAUGAGGGAUCCAAGAACGAGGUCAUCCGCCUGGAGCAGGAUAUUCUUUCCGACAUGGCCGAUACCAAGCAGUUCUUUGUGUACGAGACCCAGGACUUCUGGCGCCAGAUCAAGACGGCCGGUUCCGCCGUUCCCGCCAACGCCCUGUACCUGCAACAGGCAUGGCAGGGCGGCUCCAAGGAGCUCGCUGCCCCUAGCGCCAACAUCAUCCCCCCAGUCUUCAUCCACCCGUCGGCAACCGUUGACCCCACCGCCAAGCUGGGCCCCAAUGUGUCGAUCGGCCCUCGCGCAACUGUUGGUCCCGGUGCGCGUGUUAAGGAGUCGAUCGUUUUGGAGGAUGCCGAAAUCAAGCACGAUGCUUGCGUGCUGUACUCAAUCAUCGGCUGGGGCAGCCGGGUCGGCGCCUGGGCUCGUGUUGAGGGUACUCCUACGCCUUCCACAAGCCACACCACAAGUAUUGUCAAGCAGGGCGUCAAGGUCCAGGCUAUUACGAUUUUGGGCAAGGAAUGCGGAGUCAGUGAUGAGGUUCGCGUGCAGAACUGCGUGUGCCUUCCGUUCAAGGAUUUGAAGAGGGAUGUGGCCAACGAGGUCAUUAUGUAAAAGCCGAACAGCAAAAUCAGCGAAAUGCAAAAAGAUCAAAAUUCACGGGGAUAUUAUCGAGUACCAUUUUUGGGGGGUCAAUAAUUAGGCAUGGGAGUACUCGAACAGCUACCGACAGACUUUCAUGAUCCUCGUGAGACCAGUUUGUCAAAUUACAGGUUACUCCUUACAAAAUGUACGGGAAAUGAUAGGCAGAUGGAAAAAUCGACAAAAGAACUUGAGCAGUUUGUUUGCCACCCCAACAUGAGAUUUUUGAACUGUUUCUGUUCGUGGUGAAGUUGGGCUUCGUUUGGGCUUCGGUGCUUAUGACGAGCAAACGUUAACACCCAAUGACGACGUGUUGCAGUUUUAAAAAUGACAAUCAGGCCUAUAACAGGGGGCUUUAA